AUGCUCUGCAUAGAAUGCGGGCAUCAAAACAUACCAAACCUAUACUCGCGAUACAAAAGCGAAUACAUCCGCCUCACGACAUGUCCGCGAUGUAACCGCGUAAGCGACAAGUACAUCGAAUACGACGCCGUGAUCUUGUUCAUCGACAUCUUGCUCCUUAAACGCGGGGCAUAUCGACACUUGGCGUACAACAUCAACGAAACACAGAUCAAGCACGCGAGCAAGAGCAAGAGCGACGCCAGAUUCCAUGAUCGAUAUCGCCAUUUGAUCAAAGGUGCCGUCUUGAUCAUCUUGCUUGAUGUAUAUUUGAUCUGGGCCACGUAUGAGAACCUGCCGUCUGCGAUGAAGCGCGAUAUCGAGCCGGUGUUGAGUUUGAGCCUAGCGUGUCAAUAUGGGUUUUUCAUCUCACAGACGGUGUUGCGACACGUGGUCUUCAAUGUUGUGAUUCAGCUCGUGUUGCGAUAUGGGAUGGAGUUUGGCAAGAGGGAACAGAAUGAGCAGAUUGAGCCGAGAUAUAGAUGUGGGUUCACGACGGCGGUGUUGCUUACCACGAUCAUGGCUUCUAGCUCGGUCAAGUUGUUUCGUAUUCUCACUUUGAUUUGGCCCUACCAGAUGUCGAUGCUGUUGGUGUUUGGGUUGAUAAGCGUGGUCACCACCAUCGAGGCCCUUCAUCUAGUGACUAGCUUCAAUUACUUGUCACUAACUCUUACAGUGUUGGCUUCUUUGUUUCUACAAGAGCUACUAACAGAUUCAUUUAAUAAGUUUGCAGUGAAUUUGCUCAUGCUAUAA